UCAUGACUGGAAACAAAGCUUCGAGAGUGGCUAAAAAUUUAAUUAAAAUUAAAAUUAAAAUUAAAGCGGCUAAAAGCUUAUAACCGCGUUAUAAAGGAUGAUCAAAUAUUUAUUUUAAUUUUAUUAUUAAUUAAGUUGGCUUGAAAAAGCUAACUUACUGUUAUGCUAUUUUCUUCUGAGACUAAAAUUUCUGACUCUAACUCCACCUAGAUCUUUAACUCUACAAACUCCAAACUCGGGUCAGACCUUCAGACUGUUCUGACUUAGUGUGCUAUAUCUUUUCUAACUGAUCUGACUUACUGUUUUCUUUAAAAUGACUAUUAAAACUCGGAAAAAUCCCAUUGACUUUCAUUGACGGAAUGUUCAGAUGAGCCUGUUCAAGGCUGUUCAAACUCCAACUGUCAAAAUUCAAAUUUAAACUACGGAAGCCCAUUAGACUCAGCGAAGCUCUAUGUACUAUUUCUAAUCCAUUGAAACUCAUUCAAACUCAUGAACUCAUCUAUCUAUCUAUCAAAACUACUUAGCCUAACUAAAACUUAAACUUUCAAACUGAAAACAUUCCAACUUAAAGCUACUUCAGACUUUCUGGCUAGGCUUUUUCAAGCCAACUUAAAGUUUGUCUACAAGCUUUACUCAUCUAGUUUGAGUUUACGUCACUUCACUUUCACUUUCAAAUUGAGUGCUUAGCCAGCUACAGCGUAGCCAGGCAAAAGACACGUGACCUACCAGCGCGAUUCAGCAUGGUUAGACAACCGUGCCGAGAAUGGUUUAUUGUAAUCGUGCCGUGCCGUACCAGGCUCCAGUGGAAACACAACUGGAACCGUUCCUUACCAUUCUAAGAACCGUUCGGCCCGACGGUGGAAGAGCGGCUACAUAGUUUACAACCAGACAGCAGACCGUUGAAGAAUAGUCGGAACAAGGUGUGUUUGGUGUUGAAGAAAUGUCUGUGAUGGAGGGAGAUUCAGUCACUCUGCACACUGCUGUUAAAACAAACCAACAAGACAGAAUUAGAUGGUAUUUUAAUGACAUCCGCAUCGCUCAAAUCACUAGAAAUCUCUCAAAGACCUGUGCAGAUAAACAGUGUGGUAAGAGAUUCAGAAACAGACUGAAGCUGGAUCAUCAGACUGGAUCUCUGACCAUUACAAGCAUAAAGACCUCAGAUACCGGACUUUAUAAACUGAAAAUUUUAGGCAGCAGCAGCAGUGAAAAGAUCUUCAAUGUUACUGUUCAUGAUGUUUCUGCUGCUGAACGAGAUGAAAUGAAGAGAAAGUCAGUGAAGGAGGGAGAAUCUGUUACUUUAGACUCUGGUUUAAUUAAAACCCUAAAUGAUUCAAUUAUAUGGUAUUUUAAUCAGAUUCUCAUUGCUGAAAUCACUGGAGAUCAGAGUAAGAUCUGUACAGAUGUUCAGUGUGAUGAGAGAUUCAGAGACAGACUGAAGCUGGAUCAUCAGACUGGAUCACUGACCAUCACAAACAUCACAAACACAGACUCUGGAGAAUAUAAACUGAAGAUCAGCAGUAGCAACAGCAAUAUUGACAGAAUAUUCACUGUAAUAACUGUCAUUGCUGUUUCAGAUUCAAGUUCAUCUGUAGAAGGAAUAUGUAUUUCUGUUGUCCUGCUGAUAAUGGUUUCAGCCGCUGGUGUGUUUUGCUAUUGAGCGUCAAGCAAAAAGGAAAAACAUGCAGGAGUUAGAGCAGUCAAGGUGAGAACACUGAAUCUCCAGUCUUCAGUGUCACAUGAUCCUUCAGAAAUCAUUCUAAUAUGUUGAUUUAUUAUCAAUGUUGGAAACAGUUGUGCUGCUUAAUAUUUUUUUUAUAACCUGUGAUACUUUUUUGAGGAUCCUUUGAAGAAUGUAAAGUUAAAAAAGAACAGCAUUUAUUUCAAAUAGAACUCUUUAGUAGCAAUAUACACUACUGUUCAAAAGAUUGGGAUCAGUAAUUUUCUUCUUUCUUUUUUGAUAGAAAUUAAUACUUUUAUUUAGCAAGGUAACGAUAGUAAAGACUUACUGUCAUGAACACUAGCUGGAGUGCCCUUUAUAGCCACCAGAGGCCACUCCACCCAGGACUACUGCCUCACUAUUAUGGACUCAAUUUCCCACAAUCCACUGCCCGGACUCAUCAGCCAUGAUUACAUUCAGCUGUUGUUCAUUUACUUGUUAGUGUCUGUCUAUAUAAACCUGGUUCUUUCAGUCAUUCUCUGCUAGGUCUUGCUUUACUGUUUGCACUGUACCUCUAAGCCAUUGUUUCUUGUUUUCCUGUGUCUUUGUUUUUGCUUCUUGCUUCAUCUCUGGAUUUCCCUGUUCUUGCCUGAGCUAGUGAUGGGCAGAUCGAGGGCUUCGCGAAACACUGAAGCAGUUGAAGCAAAUGUGCCGUAACGUGUCGAGGCUUCGAAACAAUCUGACACCCGUCUCCACGGUGACCCCUAGUGAUCAGAACAGUGUAAAUGCAACAAAACUCAGUCCAAACAUGCAUAAAAACACCUUUUACAAAUGUAUUGCAAAAGUUUUAUUGAAAGUAAAAUCUAUGCAAUUAGCUAAUCAUCUAAUAAGAUUAAAUAUGGAGUGUCUGUAUAAUAUGUGUUCUUUUAUCAAUUUUCAAGGUUUGUUUCUCUGUUCCAUGGCUCAAGCUAAUCAGGCAAAUAAGAGAUUAAUAACAUUUGAAUUAUUCUAAUGUCUAAUUAAAACAUAUACAAAUGUAUAAAACUGAUCAGAGAUCAGGUAAAACCAUAGGGUAAAGCAGGCACGUGCACAGGUAGGGCUCAACCUGUGCAGAGCACAUGCUCUUUUUGUCCUUAUACUCCGAAGUGCCCUUUUUUUGGAGGUGUUUUAUUUUAUUUAUUUAUUUUCUUCAAUAAAUCAAUGCUACUGGUCA